AAUAAUUAGCAACGAUUAUAAAUAGUUAUUAUUUGACAUAUUAAGUAUAUAAUGUAGACCUAAAAUGUCCAUAUAUAUGAUACUUGCUUAGACUAUUUUAUCCAACACUCAAACAAUCGGUUGAAUUUUUGGUCGAAUUAAACAAAGUAGGGCUGCGACAUCUCCUUAACCCCAAAGAUUCGUGCACGUUUCCAAACCCUCCAUGCAGUUUUUAAUCCGCGCUCAUUAGUCUACACUGUAACCUAAUCGAUGUGUCGAGCAGAGGGCUGAUGUGCGGCGGCUUGUCUAGUCCACACAGAUCUUCUUCUCUUGUCAGACAAGUUCCCAGAAUAGAAACUCGGGGUGGCUGGUCUUGUCUGCCCUGCUUUUGGCGCUGCUUCGAAGAUGGAGGAAGUAACCGGUGACGGAUUGACCAACUGUUGCUGCUGCUGCUGCCGCUGCUGUGGAAACAACUCCAGCCCUGAGGUCUGGCGUGUUGUAAUAUAAUAAGUCUAGCCUGCUCCAGACCAGACGUGUGUGUUCAGUCAACAGCAAGUUCGCCAAGAAAUCUUAGCAGAUGGAUUUCUAUAAACUCCUCCGUUUGAAGGAAGUGGGCUGUGCUUGAAUAUCAGUAACCACGUCCUCGGGGAGACACUCAUAAAGCGCUUCAAUAGCAAUGGAACCAGAGGUCCCUGUUGCUUACAGUGCAAGUAACGGCCAGUGCUCUCCCAGGAAGGAGAACUCGAGAAUGCUGGUGGACCUGUCGUCGAGCAGCAGCAGCACACCCAACGGAAAGGAAACACCCCAGGGUCCUAAGUCCCCCGGGGAACCUGCAAUUAAACAGGAGCAGGAGGAGGAGACGGUAGAUGGAGACGGUCAGAGAAGCCCGGAUCCGGAGGGGGCGGUUCCAACGGAGGACAGAGAAACAGGUUCAGAGGAGGUCACGACGGCCAGCCCUAACAACCUAGAAGAAGGACUGGAUAGGACUGCUGAUCAGCUACUUAAUGGGGACAGGCCCUUCCAGUGCAGCCAGUGUGGCGUGUCCUUCACCCAGAAGGGUAACCUGCUGCGCCACGUCAAGCUCCACACAGGCGAGAAGCCCUUCAAGUGCCCCUUCUGCAGCUACGCCUGCCGCCGUCGUGACGCCCUCACCGGCCACCUGCGAACACACGCAGUCGGCAAACCGCACAAGUGCAACUAUUGUGGGCGGAGCUACAAACAGCGGACCUCGCUGGAGGAGCAUAAGGAGCGUUGCCACAGUUUCCUACAGAGUGUUGGCAUGGAUCGCUCCGUCAACACUGGCUCUUACCCAGGUGAGGUCUCUAAAGAGCCCCGGGUCCUAGGAGAGCAGGGCUCCAGGGCCCUCUUCGACCGGCCCCCUGUCAUCGAGAGACUCCAGAACUCUGUGGGCAAACGGAAGAGCACCAACCCCCAGAAAUUUGUGGGUGAGAAGUCGAUGCGCUUCACAUACCCCGAGCAGGCUUAUGAGCUCGGGCUGAAGUACGAGAAAGAGGCGGAGGCCAUGCAGGCCCACAUGAUGGACCAGGUCAUCAACAACGCCAUCUCCUACCUUGGGACCGACUCGCUCCGGCCCAUCGUCCAACACCCGGGGCUCCCCAUCUCCAUGGCCGACGUGGGGCACAUGGGCAACCCCCUGUACCACCACGUGCUGCCCAUGCCGCACCCCCGCCUUGGCCGCAACUCCAUGCCGCUGCUCCCCACCCAGCCCCCGCUGCCCCCUCUCUUCGGAGGGCACCCCUCCUCCAACGGCCAGGGCCCCUUCCUCAGGCACAGCAAGCACCAGCACCAGCAGGUCCUCCGGCUGGCCCGGGACAAGUCCCCCAGCAACGGAAGCGGGAUGGACUCGGACUCGGCGCGCAGCAGUCCUCAGGAGAGAACCGGUGUCCACGGCAACAGCUACAACAACAACAGCGGCGGCGGCGGCGGCAACAACCCUCCUUCGAGUGCCGGCGCGCACGCCAGCCCGUCGAGGACGCACACGGGCGAGCAUGCGCACGAGGUCACACGGGUCGCAACGGUGGGAGGCGGGACCGGCGGCGGGGCGCCCGAGCUGCGCCGGGCGGCGGAGAGGGCGGCGCCAAGCGGGGAAGACGUGCGAGUGUUUGGCCGCGAGGGCCGGGAGAUCCGGGCGUUUCAGUGCGAGAACUGCAACGUGCUCUUCCUGGACCACGUGAUGUACACCAUCCACAUGGGUUGCCACGGCUACCGGGACCCGCUGGAGUGCAACAUCUGCGGCCACCGCAGCAAGGACCGCUACGAGUUCUCCUCCCACAUUGUGCGCGGUGAGCACACCUUCCAGCAGUAGGGCCACAGAAACAGGGCGAAGAAGAGAUAAAGGAAGAAGAAGAAGAAGAAGAAGAAGAAGACUCUGGUCCUCCAGGAGUCCACAGAUGGGAGCACCAAAGGUGAAUUGAAGAACGAUCACUGUACUCUAUUUUUAAGCUACUUAUCAUAUAUGAAGGCAUGGGCCAAAGACUCAUUUUCUUUAUUUGGUGACAUCAAAUAAGAUUUUUCUGAAAAAGUAAACUGUUAACUGAGCAGCUAAACUAGUAUUUUGUGAAGUGAUCCACAAAUACAUCUUACUUUAAUAUUUAUCUCUUUUUUUUUUUUACUGCACUUGACUGUUGGCCAUUAUCGUAAAGGACAUGCAUCAGUUGCUCAACAACAUAUGGAUAGCCUAAAGUAUGUCAAAAAUCUGUUAUCUGCAAAUCCACUUCAAUCAAGUCAAUUUCUCUGCCUCAUUAUGUUGAUCAUUAACUGAAAAGGGUACACAAGUGAAUGGUCUGCUCAUAUACUGACAACUUCUGAUUAAAACAUUGAUACAAAAGAAAAAAACAUACAAACAACAACACGGAAUUCCUGUUUGAGGCAGUUAACCAAAGGCUUGAUAUCCUUGGGAUGCACAUCCAUCGCUGUGUCUGAAUCCCAAACAGCUGAAUUGAACCCGUGCUUCUAGGCUUUUUGCCCUGUGGCUUAGAAGAGGAACAGGGCCAAACCCAGAAGUACGGAAUUUAACCCGCGCCUCUAGUCUUUUGGCCUGUGGCAGGGCGCAAUCGUCCAUCUUGAAGUUCAGUUUGAACCUGCUCAACAGUACAGCCCACACACUCCCAGUUUUAUAGACACAUGCACAAACAAACAUUAACCCACCGCACACACACACACACUUUUCAAUGCCACCAUAUCGCCCAUGGUGGAAUAUGACCUCAGAAUAAGAAACGGGUUGUUUUCACAAACCAAAAUGCUACCUUACAAUCUCUAGCCAUCUCUCAGUUCUGUGGGAGAUCAAACCAAAAUUGAACUAUGCUAAGCCCUUCACCACGGAGGCUGAGGAUAGGUUUACGUAGGUUUUGUACUUAACAGAAAACUGUAUUUAAAUGUCACCUCAAGGACCAGAACUUGAAGGAACAAGCAAAAGCGGAAAAUGGAUACAUUUAACCCCCCUACACACACACACACUCACACACACACACACACACACACACACACACACACACACACACACACACACACACACACACACACACACACACACACACACACACACACACACACACACACACACACACACCACCCCCUCUGUCCCCACACUCAACAAGGAUGCAGGCUUGUCUGCUAUUCCAUUGUUGCACUUUAUGCCCAACCACUGCAGCAGACAGCCGCUGUGGGGUUGAGUAAAGAUAGCCAUCAUUGGGUCUUAUUGGGCCUCCGCAGGCCGAGACAGACCCGGACCCCCCGCCACAGACCCCAGUCCCAGCUCUAUCGUCGUCCCUGGCGAACAAGAACAACAGAAGACACUUGCGCUGCAUAAUUAGCGUGCGGUUAACGUUCGAUCAGCAGAAGGUACACGCGUGCUGUAUCCUGUGUAGGCUUUCGGCCCGCAAACCUCGCAAACAGUUGAUCAGGUCAAGUUUGAAAGAGGUCGGGCGUCGCGUCUGAUGCCUUUUAACACUUGUGAUCAAAUAAGGCAGCUGUUUAAAGUUUUAGGAUAUCUUAUUUGUUUGCUUUGUUUACAUAUUGUCUAGUCUGUCUUUCGUUCAAAGAGUGGCCAGGUAAUGCACAUCUUUCGCCUGUAAUGGAUAAGGCAUUGGCGUAUAUUAAUGCCCCCCGCAACCAGGCUGGGAGUAUUUACAUUCCUUUCAUGCAUUAUGAUUAGCAUGAUAUCAUACACUCUUCUUGACCAUAUUUGUUUUACCCAUUUAUUUAUAUUAAUCUCUUUAACAUGAUUGGUGUUUGGAGGAAACCAAUUGAGUAUUGACGAUACGAUUGACUAUGGCGUGAAUUAUUGACGAAGGUCAGAUGUUAUGACAAAUUAAUUAAUUAUGGAAAAACAUAAAAUAUUGUUGAUUAGGUGGAAAUCAUUUAACAUUUAUCAUUUCGAUAUUUAAAGGGGACCAAUUCUCUGGAACAUGUAACAUUUACAGUUGGAGGCUAGUUAUAUACAAGUUAUAGCCAUUUGCUAUACACAGUAACAACUCUUUACCUUAUGAAGCUAAGUGAACAAAAUAAAUCUUUAUCUGAUGAGGAGCUUACUUGAAACGAAAACAUCAUUAUUAUUCUACAAAUUUGUGGACCAUUUUUAUAUAUUGUACAUACAUUUUUUAAUCUAUUUGUGUUGAAUGCCUAUUUUCCUCAGAAAAAAUACAUAUUUUUGUGACAUAUCUGGAUUUUUUUGUCAUUUUAAUUGACAAAAAUGCCAGGAGGCGAAGGUAUACAAAAUCGAAUUUCUGGUUAUACAAAUAUUUACUAUUACACAUAGACCUUGUGUUUUCUGAAUGUUUGAUCAUAUCUCAUGAUGAAUUUGUUCUAAUGGGAGGGUUCUCAGGUAUUUGCAAAGGGAAGUUUGUUCGUAUUUUUCCAAUGUGUAAUUAUGAAUGUUGUAAUGUUUUUUGUUGUUUGCAAUCUCUUCGACCUAGUCUUGUCUGAAUGAUGUAGAAAUUGAUUCAUUUUUAUUUUAAGUACUGCCAACAACCCUCAAAAGUCAUGAAGAUACUUGGCUGUGAAUAAUGCAAUGUAAAUUUUAAAGGCAAUGAGCCGACUACUAUUCACAUACUGGAAUCGUUAUUUAUGGUGUAGGAUAUGAAGUUUGAACAAUGAAACUCUUGCACAUGAUCUGAGUGUCGUCCUACAAAUGUGUCCGGUUUUGUUUCUUUUACUGCAAACUGAUGCAUUGUUUUGGUUGUAUUACCAAAACCAUGUUGUAAACCAUGCCAUUGUCAAAAUCAUUUAAAUAAAAUU